UUCAUAUCGGAACAAAAAAAUGUGACUGCAAAUUGGAGUCGGUAUGUAAACAGUGUAACACAUUAUGUCCAGUCUUGCUUAGUGCAGCCAGCUGGGUCAGAGUAAGUUUUCCGCUAAAACAAAUGAAAGCCGGUGGGUGACACAUGUGGAUGAAUAGCAGCCAUGAAACUGUACCAGGCGCUCCGUAACGUCGACAAGUUCAGAACCGUUUUCGACUUCGGUGGACGGGAAGUGGCUCACUGGUUCCCCGGACACAUGGCUAAAGGACUGAAGCAGAUGAGAGCCAACCUGAAGAAUGUGGACUGCAUCAUAGAAAUACACGAUGCCAGAAUCCCAUUCUCUGGAAGAAACCCCGUGUUUCAGGACACACUGAAUGUCAGACCACAUUUGCUAAUUCUUAACAAGAUGGACCUCACUGAUCUAUCCAACAAGCAGAGAAUCCUGAAGAAGCUAGAAAAAGAAGGGAUGAGACAUGUUCUCUUCACAGACUGCUUAAAGCAGAGAGAUGACAGCAUCAAAAAGCUGGUGCCAAUGGUGAUGGACAUUAUUGCAAGCAAACCACGCUUUAACAGGGAGGAGGAUACAACUUACUGUCUGAUGGUGAUCGGAGUGCCCAAUGUCGGGAAGUCAUCUCUUAUUAACUCGUUGAGAAGAACAAACCUGAAGAAAGGUCGUGCAUCUCGAGUAGGUGGGGAGCCCGGUAUAACUAAAGCUGUCCUCACUAAAAUUCAGGUGUGUGAGCGACCCCUAAUGUACCUGUUAGACACACCAGGAGUGUUGCCUCCUAAAAUUGAGAGUGUUGAAACAGGCAUGAAGCUGGCCUUAUGCGGAACUAUACUGGACCAUUUAGUGGGUGAAGACAUCAUCGCUGACUACUUGCUCUAUUCCCUGAACAGACUGGGAAAGUUCAGUUAUGUGGAAAAAUACGAUCUCAAAGAGCCAAGUGAUGACAUCCAGCACGUCCUCAAACGCAUUGCUGUAAAACUUGGAAAGACUCAGAGGGUCAAAGCAAUUACUGGAGUGGGAAAUGUUACCAUUAUGAUACCAAACUACACAGCAGCAGCUUAUGAUUUCAUAAGAGCCUUCAGGAAAGGAGAGCUAGGUCAAGUAAUGCUUGACUGACCUGAGUCAUGUUAAUGAGGAAGACUGUUUCUGGGCGUCAUCAAGAGCAUAUAAUCUGUGUCUGCACUGACGGGGUGUUUUUAUUUUUUUCAGUUUUUUUGGCUUACAGAUGGUGUAAAAAGUCACCAAACUCCUGUAUGAUUUGUAAAUAAAAUAAAUUAAUUCAACAUUUAUUCUCAGCUGUGCAUUUAAAAUACACAAGACAGAUAGCUAGCGUGGUGUAAACAAGAUAUUUAUUGGCAUAAAGA